AUGUGUAUAGAUGCGUAUCUUGAUAUGUUAAGACAAUAUUUUGACAAAAACAUAGAAAUAUUAUUAAAAAAGGAUUUGCUAUUAAUUCUUAACUUUAUUGAAAAUCAUAAUUAUAUGCAAGAAACAGUAGUAAAAACAAUAUUAAAUAAACCUAAACUAUUUUUUUCAGCUGACAAAUUUCAAAAUAUACCUAUUCAACAUUUAAAAUUGGUUAUAUCAAAGAGUAACUUAAAUCUUGAAGAACUUCAAAUCCUCAAGAAAUGGAUAGAUAGAGAAGAAACAACAAAUUACAGGUACAAAUUUAAUUUAUUAUUUCGAAAAAAUUUACGAGACAAGAAAUUUCAAGCUAGACAAUUUCACAGCAAUUGUGAUAAUAAAGGUGCUACAAUCAUAAUUGGAAAGUUAAAGAAUGAUAGUUUUAUUAGAGGUUAUAACCCUUUAGAUUGGUCAAUAAAUAAUAAUUAUUAUAAUGUUAGUGAUAGUCAUUUUCAUUUUCAUGAAUGUUUGUACAAAGAAACAGAAGAUAGUUUUAUAUUUAGUAGUAAAGAUAAAAAUAUAAUAUUAGAUAGAGUUAAAUCCCUUUGGGAUGCAAUUUACUAUAAAAAAAAUGAUGGCCCUUCAUUUGGUACAUCUGAAUUAUUCAUUCAGAACAACCAAAAUUGCUGGUCUUAUGAUUAUCAUCAUUAUGAAGGUAUUGGACUUAAGAAAGGCAUAUAUGAACUCGAUCUCUUCGAAGCAUUCCAG